AUGGCACCGAUGCAUAACAGCCACCCUUCAACCAGAGCAUUGCAUGCAGACGAUGCCUUGAAUCUAGUAACAGAUGUUGCACCUCCGAUCCAUCUGUCAACAAUCUUCAGAUAUCCCAAUGACCCAGACCAAUUCAUUCCCUCCGAAGACCCAGUGGACGAAUUCAACGGCAAAAACUUCGUCUAUUCCCGCGAAUUUGCCCCUAACUCAACCCGCUUCGAAGCGAUCCUUACAUCGCUAUUAGGAGGUCAAGCAAUAAGCUACUCGACAGGUCUAGCAGCCCUCCACGCAGCUCUGACCCUCCUAAACCCACGCCGGAUCUCAGUGGGUGAUGGUUACCACGGCAGCCAUGAAGUGAUAUCUGUGAUAUCCCGUCUAUCAGGACUCCAGAAGCUCCCACUGGAUUGCUCCGCCGAGGAUCUCUCCGCCGGCGACGUCAUCCUCCUCGAGACGCCGGUGAACCCGCUCGGCACGGCGUUCAGUAUCGAAGCCUAUGCACAGAAAGCGCAUGGUCGUGGCGCGUUCCUCGUUGUUGAUAGUACUUUUGCCCCGCCUGGUUUGCAGGAUCCGUUCCUUUGGGGCGCGGAUGUUGUUAUGCAUUCUGGGUCGAAGUAUUUUGGAGGCCAUAGUGAUUUGCUUUGUGGGGUUCUUGCUGUUAGGCGGGGUGAUUGGGCGAAGAGGUUGUUUGAGGAUCGUAUUGCGCUGGGCUCGGUUAUGGGGAGUAUGGAGAGUUGGCUUGGGACGAGAAGUUUGAGGACGUUGGAGGUGCGUGUGCAGCGGGCGAGUGCUAAUUCUGCGAAGUUGAUUUCGUGGAUGAAUGGUGCUAUGUCGAUGCAGUCUCCCGCUGAAGGUAGUGAGGAGGCGGUUGUUCAGUCGGUUGUCAAGACGGUUUAUCACGCUAGUUUGCAGGAUGGAGAGUGGUUGCAGAGGCAGAUGCCUAAUGGGUUCGGACCUGUGUUCUCGAUUGUUUUGCAUCGGGAGGAGUUUGCGAAGGUUUUGCCGACUAGGCUGUGUUUCUUUCAGCAUGCUACUAGUCUGGGGGGUGUUGAGUCUUUGAUUGAGUGGAGGGCUUUGUCGGAUUCAAAGGUUGAUCGGAAGUUAUUGAGGAUCAGUGUUGGCUUGGAGAACUGGGAGGACUUGAAGGAGGAUUUGCUGAAAGCAUUCAAGUCGCUUUUGACAUGA